CCCAAAUGUGGCUGCUGGAGUGAAGCUUUCCUGCUGCAUCGAGCAUAAAUUCAUCAGGGGACGGACAUGUUCUUCCAUCUCCACUAAUCUCCCUCUGAUAUCGAGGAUUUUCCUGCCAUUAAAUGAUAGCUUGUGAGAAAAAAAAUGCCAACUUCCCAGAGGCAGAAUGCAGCUAAUGGCAUCCCUGUGAGCAGGAGGGAGAGCACAGCCACUGCCCAGCCAGCCAGGAGCACACUGUCAGCACAGCUGGAGAGAAGGAAAACCUGCAGGGUUGGCUGAGAAGGUGGAUGGUGGAAGGAAGGCACCCAGCAGGAACGUGUGGAGUGCUGGGGACCGUCAGAAGCCGUGUGCUACAGUAUCCUCUUCCUCAAUCUUCUUUGUAAAUAUAGACCUGGCAAUGGGAAAAUGAUGCAGGCAAACAAGACGGUGAAACCUAUCUCUGCUCUUCCUGUGUGCUUUUAGAUCCCCCAAGUUUGCUUGCCAGACCUGAAAUGCCACUAGCGAAUAAUCAAGUGAUUCUUUGGGUGCCCCAUGUCCACGCGGUGUGGGCCUGUGUGCGGUCCUGCCCUGCCAACUGUGUGUGCACCCAGGAACGGAGCUGCUCUGUCCUCUGUGACCGUGCUGGCCUGGGGCAGAUCCCCAGUGAAUUCCCCUGCGAAGCCUCCUCUAUUAACCUGGACAAAAACAGCAUCAAGUUCCUCUCUGAGAGGGCCUUUGGUACUUUGCCUUCCCUUAAAUCCCUGUCCCUCAACCACAACAAUAUCUCCUUCAUCACUCCGGGGGCUUUCAAAGGGCUGCCCAGCCUGACAGAGCUGAAGAUGGCCCACAACGAAUACAUCCGCUACCUGCACACACGGACAUUCACUGCUCUCCGGCGGCUGGUCAAAUUGGACCUGGCGGACUGCAACCUCUUCAAUAUCCCAGACAGGAUCUUCAUUGAGCUGCCCUCUUUGCAGGAGCUUUUCUGCUUCCAGAACAACUUCCGAAGGAUCCCAGGUGCCAUUAGGGGCAUGGAGAAUCUGACCCAUGUCUACCUGGAGAGAAACAGGAUCGAAGCGGUAGCCUACAACUCCCUGCAGGGGCUGACCAAGCUAAAAUACUUGAAUCUGCAAGACAACAGGAUAAAUGUUGUUCAUGAGCGAGCUUUUCAGGGCUGCCAAAAGAUGGAGUACCUGUACCUGAAUGACAAUUUGAUCAGCGAGCUUCCAGAAAAUUCCUUUGAUGGCCUGAGGUGCCUGAAAAUGCUCAACCUAGGGGGGAAUUUCCUCAGGAAUGUUUCCAACACUUGGUUCAGGGACCUGGUGGAGCUGGAGGUUCUCUAUCUGGACCGCAACAGGAUCAACUACAUUGAGGAGGGGGCUUUUGAGAACCUCACCAGCCUGGUCUCCUUGCACUUGAACAGCAAUAACCUGACGACCCUGCCCUUCUCUGUCUUCCAGCCUGUGUACUUCCUGGGACGGCUGUAUCUCUUCCGCAACCCCUGGGAGUGUGACUGCCGCAUCGAAUGGCUGAAGGAGUGGAUGGAGAACUACAGACUUGUCAGGGAUGUUCCCUGUGCCUCCCCGUCCUCUGUAGCUGGGAUUGACCUAACGGACGUGCUCUACGACAGAUCACCAGAAGGUUACUGUCUUGACCCUGUGGAGCUAAAUGUCACAUCUGACAGUCCGACCCCUAGCAGCGAGCCUUUCUCUACCACGGAGAGCAAGUUCAACAGCCUUAUUUCUAAACUCUUGCUUCAGAUGGGCCUUCCCGAAGAGGUGGCAAACACUACUGAAGUCUUCAGUAACGCUACACAACUGGAUGGACUCACUGGUGGGGUUACUUCUGGCACAAGGGAAGACAGCAGCAAAGCCAUCUCCUUCUCUUUCCACCUCCCAACACUUCUUACAGUGGUUAUUUUCCAGAGCAAGUAGUGCAAAGGCUGCCUGAAGCAUGCGUCCUGCUGGAGCAUUUAGUCUUUGUCCCUUCCUUGCACUGCCCAGGGUUGCUACAAAACUUUGCAGGCCCUUUUAAACAGGAGGAUGGUACCUGGGGAGGGUCUGGGGUGAGCGUGGCAUUUUGGGUGUGAUGUUAGAUAAGGAUUUUGUUCUUCUCCCUGCAAUCCUGAGACAUCUGCAGGAAAACCAGAGACACCCAUUUUUGUCAAAGCAGUCUUCUCCCAGGAAAAGCUUUCAACACAGCGGUUCACUCCUCAAUGUCUGUUUCAAAAGCUCGAUUCAUUUUUCAAUGAAGAUAUUGUUUCAAGGAAUAUGCUGUUUUUAUUUAUAGGUUGUUUCAUGUCCGGAUAGCAGGAGUGGAAUAUGGCAAUGACAAAUGUAGACAGGCUGUACUGUACUGUUUUGUAUUUCUAUCACUCAUUAAUAUUUAUCACACAAUACUUAUCAUACAUAACCUAUCAUA